UUAUGUGAAAGUAAUGAAGGGAAAUGGCAAGAAAGUUUUGUUUGGUGAAAAUGUUAUAUUUAUCCCAAAGUUACGGAAUAUUUACAUAAACUUGCAAAGUGAAUUUGUUGUAUAUAACAACCAUUUGAAAUGAGAUUAUCAAGUGAAAGAGGACGCAGAAGGCGAAUAGGCAGUAAAGAUUGGGAUCUGAAUUUAGGACUUUUGGUCCCCUGUUAAUGCCUAAAGUCCUGUGGAAGCUUUCCGACGAGAGUUUAUACUUUUGAGUAAUUUUUUUUAUUUAUUAAAUUGGACAUCGAAAAUUAUUGUGAUAACAAGAAAUAUGACAAAUAUGGACAACAUCACACUUUCUGAGAAUAUCUCCAGUACAGUGUCGGAUGCGGAGGCCUGGAGAGAUUUUUCACAGCAACAUCUCUACAUUAUUCUUCCUGUGACAUUAAUUUACUCCAUCAUCUUCCUCACUGGCGUUCUUGGCAAUGUCAUUACAUGCAUUGUAAUUUCAAACCAUAGAUCAAUGCACACCGCAACAAAUUACUACCUAUUCAGCCUCGCUAUAUCCGAUUUAGUGCUACUCAUUACAGGUCUACCGCAAGAAAUGUACAACACGUGGCACACUUGGGAAGCUCCCUUUCCAUUCAGCGAAACAGUGUGCAUCCUCCAAGGAUUCGCCGCAGAGACAUCAGCCAAUGCAACUGUCCUCACAAUUACAGCAUUUACGGUUGAGAGAUACAUGGCGAUCUGUCACCCAUUUCUCUCGCAUACCAUGUCGAAGCUUUCCCGAGCAAUUAAAUUCAUCCUGGCUAUUUGGGUUAUUUCCAUGUGUAUGGCUGUGCCGCAGACUUGGGAUUUAGGAUUCACCAACGGAGACUACUGCACAUUGAAGCUUGGAGCUUACAAGCAUGUCUUCCUCAUUUCCUCUGUGCUUGUUUUUGCCUUCCCAAUGGUGAUAAUUACAGUGUUGUAUAUUUUAAUUGGGUUGCAACUGCGGAAGUCUAAAGUCGUAACGAGAGGAACUGUUGCCGGUAGCAGUGUCAGAUUGAAGAGCAGCACUUUCAAGCGAAGAGCGCAACAAACUAUCAUUACGACAGUUGAUCAUCAACAACCCUCACCCCAGGCAAUGAAGCGUCUCCAAUCGCAGCCAAACAUGAUUCCAGCAUAUCAAUUUCCCAUAAAUGGUGGGGAUGCAGUUAGUGGGAAUAAUGGGGAUGUCAUGGAGCUCAACAACACUCACAAGAAUCCCACCAAUGGAACAGUCGAUGAGGAAGGUCGGAAGAAUUUCUCAACACGCUCUCACAACUAUGCAUCCCGCCAUGUGGUCAAUAUGCUAGUGGCCGUUGUCGUGGCAUUUUUCAUCUGUUGGGCCCCUCAGCACUCCCAGCGUCUCUACUCCACCUACGCGGGGGAAAACAAUGACAAACAAGUCUUCAUAAUAAUAUACUACACAAUGAACUACACGUCUGGGAUACUCUACUACUUGUCGACGUGUAUCAAUCCAUUCCUCUACAGCAUAAUGAGUUAUAAAUUUCGAGAGGCCUUCAAGGAAACCAUCGUAUUCUCCUUCCAUCGACGCUCACCACCAUCCGGUCGUCAAGCUAGUGCUGAGCCCAUUCUCAAAGGUCAAAGCUGUGGUAUGACAAAUCGUCUAGCAGAUGCAUGCUGUACGGGGCAGAAGAUACCAACUAGAUUGCCACUAAGCACAUUUAUGGGUGCCGUAAAACCCCUCCCUGAGAACUUUCUGCCACGCCAUGUGGAAGCGGAUGGCAUGUGGAGCGAUGGAAAGGAGAUUUUUGCGUUGAAUCAUCCCACACACGCUAUGUCGACAAACACCAUGGAUUACCCACAGACGAAGAGUUUGACCCAUUCAAACCUCCUGACACGUAGCGAUGAGAAUUUACCCCGAUUUGUGCAUGAAGCCACCGAGGAGGGCAUGUACACGUCAGGGCACCAUCAUAUGGGGCAUUUAAGUCAAGCUGUCGGCAUGCAACAAUCCAUAUUUCACACAGUGCAGGAGAAGGCUCAACAAUUUGUAUCGCGACACGUGUACAUUGAUUUUAGUGGACGACGGAGCAAUAGGUCACCCUAUGAUAGCCCCGAAAUGUCCAACAGCUCCAAACAGCUCGAGGAGAAUCUGCAAAAAAUCCUCGAGGACGUUGUUUUGCAUCCCACAAAGCAUGCAAAACCCAAACGACGUGUCACAGAUUUUAUUCGCAUCAACGGUGGUAAGAGUGGUAUUUGCUGCCUCAGUAGUUCCGGCACAUCCAAGGGUAGCAGUGACAAUGGGGAGCAUGACGCAGAGAAGAAGUGCAUGGGCAAGAGCAAGAGUUUGCCAACGUUUUCGCAUUUGAAUGUGGCAGCAACAGGUGGAGAAAGCUCACAGCAGAACUUUUAUCACCACCCACCGGAUGUCUAUGCUUAAGUGCAACGAAUAACGGAUAUGUAGAUAGAUUCCGAUGAAGUGGAGCUUUCGGUACCAGGCGUCUCCACUAAAUAACUACCCUUUUAUGAAGCCGUGCUGUUAGAUUACAUGCGUGCUUUUCCAUUGAUUACAUUUUGGUGUAGACUUUUCUUUUUCAUCCAUUGAAAUCUUUUUUCUGUUGCUUUUUCUUUAAAAGUUUAUUUGUUAAGUUAAAACGACAAAGAAAAUAUUUUAUUAUUGUGUGCGUGUGUUUAAAGUAAUAUUUAAUUUUAUUCUCAUUCCGCACUCACUUAGA